AUGCAGUUAAAGAACCAGAGAAGACCUGCUCCGGCGGAGUUGUGUAGGGUGUUCGUGUUGGCCGUGGUGGUCGCCAUGCAGGCCGUGACAAUGACCGUGAGUGGGGUUCAAGGUCAGCCAGUACCGGAAUACGAGGUGUCAGCCAUAGACCCCGCCCUGUGCAUCACGAUGGAGGGGUGGAUAGUGUACGACCCGCUCACUCACACCUGCUGCCCGGACGGGAUCUACGAGGGCGCCGCCAACAGGCAUGUGUGCAAGGCCUGCGGACAGACGACCUUCGUGAUGCCGAUUGACGCGAAGACGUCGUUCCGCUGCUGCGGGGAGAACAACGACAUCCCGUACGACCCGGAGAACCAGAUCUGCUGCUUUCAUAAGUUGUUGGACGGACCGGAAGCCAGUACCAGGUGCAUCCGGUGCGGGAUGAACGUGGUCUCGUUCCCAGCGACCGAGUCGUCGGAGUGGCUUUGCUGUGGGGAGGAGAACGUUCCCUAUAACGGACAGACUCACCACUGCUGCUACAACGAGGUGUAUGAAGGCGUCCAGGCCAACUACGAAUGUCAUCGGUGCGGGGAGACCGUGUUCAGCAAACCUCGCACGGCCCCGGCGUUCCGGUGCUGCGGCGCCCGGGCGGAGAUCCCGUACGACCCGACCACGCACCACUGCUGCGAGGGGUUCGACCGGGUCAAGCAGGGACCGCAGCGGGACUACAUCUGUAACCGCUGCGGCACCACCGCCUUCAGCAGGCAACGCACCGAGCCCCACUACAAGUGCUGCGGCGCCAACAAGCUGCCCUACAACCCCGCCAGGCAGCACUGCUGCUUCGACGAACUGAAGGACGGGCCAGAGAACGAGUUCGUCUGCCAGAGGUGCAUCAGUAAGACGUACAGCAGGAGGAUUAGCGAGCCGUCCUACUACUGCUGCGGGCUGGACGCCUACAACAAGGCAACUCACACCUGCUGCGGGGGGAAGUUGUGGGAAGGCGGUAACGAGUACAACGCGUGCCAGACGUGCGGAGACAAGCCGUUCAUCCGGCCGGCCUCCGACCCGGAGUGGCACUGCUGCGGUCCGGACAACACCCCGUACAACCCCGCUACGCACUUCUGCUGCCAGGGAAGCGUGCGUGCAGGUGCUGAGGGGGAGAACACUUGUCUGAGGUGCGGUAACAGCCUGUCCACCGUCCCUGCCUCACCUGUGUGGGGCUGCUGCGGUGAGGUCGUCUUCAACGUAGGCAGGCAGGUGUGCUGUGGAGGACAGGUGUACCAGGGGCACAUCUGUGACGGUGGCGCCGUACCUGCGUUUGGCGCGCCGGUGAGAGGGUCAUCAGUGGUGGGGUCAUCGGUGGAAGGGUCAUCUGUGGAGGGGUCAUCAGUGGUGGGGUCAUCGGUGGAAAGGUCAUCAGUGGAGGGGUCAUCCGUGGUGGGGUCAUCGGUGGAAGGGUCAUCAGUGGAGGGGUCAUUGGUGGAAGGGUCAUCGGUGGAAGGGUCAGUGGAAGGACAGCGCGGUGGACCCACCGUUAACACUGCAGUACAGGAAGGUGUUGGUGAUAAGAGAGGUCAUGGACCUGAAGGACAGACGGAAGUUCGUCCCGUCGGUAAGACAGUCUCAUCAUCAUCAGAGGAAACGUCCCCCGGUCACGCAGAGGGGACUUCCGUCUGGUCACGUGCCAACACCUUCAUGGACCUGCUGCGGGGGACAUCGGAGGGCAAAGGUCAGGGGUCAGAAGAUGACCGGCGGAACCCGCACAAAAAGCCGACCCGGUUCAGGGGUGGUCCGGCUAUUUCUGCCAUACGUGUGUCAAUGGCCCCUCCACGGCCACAAGGUAACGACGAAGUCCAAGUUGUGACGGGAGGGUCGGGGUCCCGGCAGCGGACCCUGAGUGAGAUUGAAGGGAUCGGACAGGAGCCAGCCUCUGGGAGCAGAAUCAAGCCCGGCAGUCACUCUCUUCUCUCGGAGAUUGAAGGUUUGGAACGCGGGACGGUACAACAGGAGGUGGUGGUUGUGGAGGGAGCCGCGGUGGAAGGAGGGUUGGACCUAGCAAAGGACGAGAUGUCAGUUGACGGGGGCUGGAGCCCGUGGGGCGAGUGGAGCCGCUGUUCCAAGACCUGCGGGAGAAGCUGGACCCUCCGCAGACGGACAUGCGACAACCCCCGACCGACGAACGGUGGAAAACCCUGCCUCGGUCCGGAUGUGCAUAAACACGUCUGUAACCCUAUCCCCUGCCCAGGUAGAAGACGUCCUAACGCUGGAGGGGCAACAGCGUCGUCACUGGAAGGCGGAGAGGAGGGUGGCGACAGUCGGGUGGAGACGGUGGGAGGAACUUCCGUCCAGCAGGGUUCCGUCACUAACGUGCACAACAGAGUGGCCAGCUUACGGGAUCCAACAACCUGCGGAAAGGGCGCGAGAGUGAGGACCAGGCAGUGUUCCAACCCGCCCCCUAGCGGCGGAGGCGAUCCCUGCAAGGGUACCUUCCUGGAGACGGACGAAUGUUUGGUGAAAGCCUGUCCAGAGAGUGGCUGGAGCAUGUGGGGUCCGUGGACCGCCUGUACCCUGACCUGCGGGGGAGGUUACCGGAAGCGGACCCGGGAGUGCAGCAUCAACGAGAACCUGCCGUGCGAGGGACCGUCCAUGGAGGAGGACAGCUGCAACCCGGAGAAAUGCCCAGUUGACGGCGGCUGGACGAAGUGGAGUAAGUGGACCCCGUGUAGCCGUACCUGCGGACCGGGCUCUCAGACCCGGACGCGCUCCUGCACGGACCCCGCACCGCGGAACGGCGGCCUGCCCUGCAACGGGACAGACACCAUGGUCAUGAAGUGUAUCCAGAGGCCCUGCCCACAGACCUACAGGUGGAGUCGUUGGUCGUCCUGUAGCGUGACUUGUGGGCGGGGCAUACAGAAGCGGACCAGCGUCUGCGUCAACAUGGAGCACUGCGGCGGGCUCCGGCAAGAGACCAAGCGCUGCAACAGGAGAGAGUGUCCACGUGAAUUUGUGAACGAAGAAGAGGCGUCAGGAGACGGUGGAAGACAUCAAGAAGACUUUGCAGAGCUAGAGGGAUCUGGCUACGCUGAGAGGGAAGACGGGUUCACGACAGGCACGAGUACGGAGUUUUUCCAGUCCGGGUGGGGAGAGUGGUCGCCCUGGACUGGCUGCAUCAGGAAGUGCACCGAACAGCAGGGAUACAGGUACCGGUCCCGGGAGUGUAACAGUGUGGAGGGGUGUGACGGGUUUCUACAAGAGGAGGACGAAUGUGAAACUACCUUCUGUGCUGCGGACGGUAACUGGGGCGGUUGGUCGGAGUGGUCGGGCUGCAGCGUGACGUGCGGGGAGGGUACCCGGGAGCGCACCCGCUCCUGUGACAACCCCGCCCCGCAGCAGACGGGCAAGCCGUGCGAGGGAUCCAGCCAGGAGAUCAAGGUCUGCAGCAGCGUCGAGCCCUGCGACGACGGAGCCAGUGGCACCUGGGUAGAAUGGUCCAUGUGGUCCACGUGCCGCGGGCCCUGCGGCCUUGGGAAGCAGUACCGCACACGCCGGUGUAAGCCCAAGGAGAACUCGCCCCUCGAGGGAUGGAUGGUCGCGGCUUGCGUGGGAGACGGACGGGAGAAAAAGGAUUGCGUCCCGGAAGGCUGUCCCGUACACGGAGGUUGGAGUAAGUGGUCCAACUGGACGGACUGCAGCGUGACGUGCGGACGCGGGGUGAAGGCGCGGGCCCGGGACUGUAACACACCGGCACCGCGGAACGGAGGCACGGCGUGCGAAGGGAGAGACACCGAGGAGGCACCCUGCGACGAAGGGCUGUGUCCAGUUGACGGAGGCUGGUCCAGCUGGUCCCAGUGGCUUGUCUGCACCGCCACGUGCGGCAUAGGCACCCAGAUCCGCCUGAGGGCCUGCGACUCCCCGCUCCCGAUGCAUGGCGGGAAGAACUGCUCGGGCUCGUACGAGGACCUCCGUGUCUGCAAGAGGGACCCCUGUCCUGAAGGAAAUGACGCACCAAGCAAGUGGUCUGAUUGGUCGGAGUGGUCUGACUGCAGCGUGACGUGUGGGAAAGGCAUGCUGAUCCGGACGCGGAAGUGCCCGGAUGGAGGCUGUGCAGGACGGGACACGGAGGAGAGAGACUGCCACACGGACUGCAGACAAUUCACCUGGACGAAGUGGUCCGACUGGACGACCUGCACGAAGACCUGCGGAAAGGGGAUCCAGCAGAGAACCCGCACAUGCGCAGACCCGGACACGGGGAGACAGGCAGACGUGUGUGACGGAGAGGGGAGUCAGAAGAGGGGAUGUAACGCCCAACGCUGCAGCAGAGAAGACCGUGACAGGAGUAACUGGGAGGACUGGUCGCCCUGGGAGAAGUGCAGCGUCUCUUGCGGAGUCGGCGUGCGUUUCCGCUUCCGGAAGUGCAAGGACCCGACCGGAAACGGAUGCUGGGGGUCAGCUGAGGACGAGGAGAAAUGCGACGCUGGGUCGUGCCUACCUCCAAUUGACGGCGGUUGGGGUGAUUGGACUGAGUGGACAGAGUGCAGCCACACCUGCGGCAUCGGCACGCGCAAGCGCACCAGGAAGUGCGACAACCCCCCUCCCCAAAAUGGCGGCAAGGACUGUGAGGGGCAGGACAUGGAUGCUUGGAGCUGCGCGUCACCUUGUCCGAUUGACGGCGGGUGGAGCCCGUGGUCCAACUGGAGCCCGUGUGACGUGACGUGCGCGGAGGGCCAGCGGAGGCGGUCCCGGCAGUGUGACCACCCGCGGCCCCGGUACGGCGGCAGGAACUGCACGGGCGACGCCGUACAAGUCGUCAGGUGCAGCGGACCGACAUGUCCGGUUUCCGGUGGUUGGGGCGAGUGGACGGAGUGGUCUGAGUGCUCGCACACGUGCGGACUCGGCAGCAUGCGGCGGAAGCGUCUGUGCGACAGCCCCGCUCCCUCCGCCGGCGGACAGGACUGCCAGGGGGUGGACAUGGAGAUACAGCCCUGCUCCAGCGGGCAGUGUCCACAGCCCGUUGACGGCGGGUGGAGCACGUGGUCCAACUGGACGGUGUGCACGGUGAGCUGUGGUGGCGGGACCCAGUCCCGAUCCCGGACCUGCGACUCGCCCGUACCCGACCACGGCGGGCGGGACUGCGAGGGCACCGGUCAGCAGUUCAGGCGCUGCAGCAUGCAGGCAUGUCACGUCGAUGGGCAGUGGGGCAAGUGGGACGACUGGUCGGAUUGCAGCGCGACCUGCGGCGGAGGAUACCGGGUCCGUCGGCGGAAGUGUGAUUCGCCCGAGCCGAGGGGUGAAGGGGUCUCCUGUCCGGGAGUCAACUACGAGGACGAGGACUGCAACACGCAGAGUUGCGAUCCAAAACUGAAAGCCCAUUGGUCGGAGUGGACGGACUGGUCCACCUGCAGCGCGACGUGCGGGGAGGGGGAGCAGGUCCGAACGCGGACCUGUUUGGAAGCGACACCGGGCGACAUCUGUGCAGGACAGGACACCGAGAUACAACCUUGCAACCUGGGCACGUGCAAAGAAAAGGGCCUGUGGAGCCCGUGGUCGGUCUGGACGGCGUGCAGCGCCACCUGCGGCGGCGGGGUGCAGCGCAGGACGCGGUACUGUGAGCUGGCUCCGGCCGGGGCGCCCUGCGAGGGACCAUACACCAUGAACCGGACCUGCGAGAUACCGGUCCAGUGCCCAGCUGCCGGCAGGUGGCGCUCGUGGUCGGCGUGGAGCACGUGCAGCGUGAGUUGCGGCAGCGGGCGGCAGUUCCGGACCCGGGCGUGCGAGGAGUCCCCGGCGGGCGGCGGCUGCGACGGGCCCGAGAGGGAGUAUCAGCUUUGCUCGCUGCCGGCCUGCGACCAGGGCCUGGAGACAUCGGGUAACAUCCUGGAGUCGGCAGAAGAAGGGGAGCCGGGGAAAAACAACGGCGACGCGUCAGGGGACGUCAAGGUUUCGGUCUUGGACGAGAUCUCGACAGAAGGGUUCAUGAAGGUCUUUUCAACAACAACAGCAUCAACGACGACAACAACUUCGACAACGACGUCAUCAUCAGGGGCCAACGUUAUCCCCGAACCUCCCACCGCGCCUGAGCCAGACAAUACCAAUGCGUCACCAGAAGCGCCCCCUAACGAAGUGUUACCGGACGACAGGGUCGACUCUGGGUCUAACGAGAUCCUGGCAGCCGAGAACCGCGCGGUGUGGAGCGAGUGGACCGACUGGACGGAAUGCUCACUGACAUGCGGGAAAGGCCAGAAAGCACGGUUCCGGGAAUGCAGGGUGAACGGACAGGUGAGCCGAAGCGCGUGUGAAGGAGCCAGUCGGGAGGUCGACACCUGCAUGGAUUCUCCUUGUGCAAUUGACGGUUCCUGGGCCAGCUGGUCCAAGUGGUCUGCCUGCAGCGUGACGUGCGGCCAGGGCACGAAGAUCCGCGUGCGGGAGUGCAGCGAUCCCGAGCCGCAGUUCGGCGGGAGGCAGUGCCCCGGACGGAGGGGGGAGAUCGCCUACUGUAACGCUACGGCGUGUCCAAUCCACGGCGGUUACGGUCAGUGGUCGGAGUGGACGGAGUGUUACCCGUCCUGCGGGCGCGGCCUGAGGAACCGGACCCGGAAGUGCGACAACCCGCGGCCCCAGUUCGGCGGGGACCGGUGCAGGGGACUGGCCACCAUCAGGGCCAUGUGUGACGGCCCGCCGUGUCCUAUUAACGGUGGUUGGUCGGAUUGGACCACGUGGUCGCGCUGUGCCGCCAGCUGUGGCGUGGGUCAGCAGAUCCGCUUCCGCACCUGUAAGAACCCCCCUCCCCAACAUGGCGGCAAGGACUGCGCCGGCUCCAGGAAGGACGCCAGGAGAUGCUGGCUGCCAAAGUGCCCGGAUCCAGUAAACGGGAACUGGAGUGAGUGGUCCUCCUGGACGGAGUGUUCGGUGUCGUGCGGACUGGGGCUGGUCCAGCGGACCAGGCAGUGCGACAACCCCCCUCCCCAACAUGGAGGCAUCUGCCUCGGCAACAGCACGGAGUUCUUAGGCUGCGACUCCGGAGUGCACUGCGAUGCAGGCCUUCCUUUGAAGGUUUUCAUUUACGACAUGUAUUUUUCCUCUUUUUUUCUUACAUGUAUACACACAGUAAACGGGCAGUGGGCAUCCUGGGGCCCCUGGCAGCCUUGCGGAGGCGACUGCGCGGGGAAAACCCUGGAGAGGAGCAGGACCUGCUCGGACCCGGCUCCGCAGUACGGCGGCAAGGACUGUGUCGGCAUCGGGAAGGAAGCGCGGACCUCUCCGCGGUCAUGUCGUCAGAAGCAGGAGUUCGACAGGGCUGACGGGAAGGGUCUCCCGGAUAACGGCGUGCACACGAUCCUGGUGGGGACCGAAACCGUCCCCGUCUUCUGUGACUUCCGGAGGCAUGGAGGCGGCUGGACACUUCUCAUCAACAGUGUUAUGUUAUAG